UAAGAGUGAGAAAAAGAAGUGUGAACUCAGGUCUCUGUUUACUUCUGUGCUACUUUCGCUAACAUUUCCUUGAGGAGGAAAUGUUGUUCCCUUCUUUCCCAUUCCUAGAAUGUAUCAAGUGUCUGAAAUACAGGUGUGUGUCAUUAAAAUUGGUUAAAUGAACUGACAAAUAGUGCUAGACUACAGUUGAGGUUUGUAAGCAUAAAUAUAAAAAAUCAUGAAAAAGUUUCAAUUAUCUCUCAUCUUGAGUUCUCUGAAUAAAACAUUGUUAUAGGCAAGGAUUAUAUUUUACACACUGUGCUUAUUCUACAACAGACAAGUUAUUAUUACAACAGAACUAUUACUUAAUAAUUCCUUCCGCUAAUGAAUGGAAAAAAACAAAAAAAAAUAUACUUACUCAUUCUUAUUGACUGAACCACAUAUUCACUUUGACUGAACCAGGUAUACUCCCAAAGAGUAUUACCUAUUUUUGGAAGCUAAGCUGUCCAAAAACCAUUAUGUGUGCUUUAUGAGACCUUGACAAAAUAUGAUUCAUGUUUCAAGAAAUGACAGUCUUGUGCAUAGUUUUUUUUAGGCUCAGACGUGACCAAUAAAGGACAACAUAUUAAAACGUUCGCUUUGAAAAAUAACCACAAUGUCAAAAAUCACUGAAGAAAAAGAAAUAGACAUUUAAUAAAGAUCAUAUUUAAAGAGAUAUGAGGAUAUUUAAAGGGAUAUUCUCUUCCUCCUUUUUUUUAGAGGAAGAGAAUCCUAACCCACUAUAUAGGAAUCACUGAAACAUGAAAUUUCUUAUAAUUAUUACCUAGGCUGAUACUAUUUUUUUAAACUGUGAUUGAUUUAUUUUAUAGCUGGCCCACUGGUGGCAGAGGGUAGUAGUAGUGGCAGCAACUGAAUUUUAACUGUCAAAAGAGGCAGUAUGACUCCAAUUAUCGAUAAGUUAACCUAAAAGCAAUGAGUCAUAAGAAGUGAAUAUUGAAAGAACAUUUUACAAAGGAAAUAAAAACAGUAAAACAUCAAAGUCAAAAAUCCUACUCAUUUUUACAGAGUAGCUCCGGAAGAUUUUAACAAAUACUGCGCCCCCCAGUGGUUGUUUUGAGUGACUUUUUUUAUUUUCUUGUUACAUGAGCUCCCAAUUUUGCAGCUUCAUUAUUUGGGGAAACCCCAGGAAAGUUCAAAUUGUCUGUAACUAGGAAGAAGUCAGGAGGCUGAUUCAAUGUGAUUGUCCAAUUUCAUGCUUGCAGAAAGAAUGAUGCCAGGGAUGAUAGAGCGCCUAGUAUAUGACGUUUAAGUUCAGGCCCGACAAGAUAGGUUCACAAAAGGGCAAUCAUGCUUGAUUCAUCUGAUUGCCAGGCUGGAAAUGAAAGAAAAGCAGUGACAUAAUUACCCCAGUUUCUCCAGAUCUCCAGUACAGUACAGCACAGAUAUUAAGCAAAGCUAGUCCUCAGAACAACUGCAGUGCAUAAUUUAAAGAGAAAAAUUGCUGCUUUAGCAAAUAAAAGAAGGCUUACAAAAUCAAAGACAAAGGAGUUUUCUGGAAUAUAUUUUGCUUGCAAACAGAAUAGGCGACAGUCCAGAAAUAAACGUCAUUUGGUGAGAGAAGAAAAACAGGGGACCUGAACCAGGAAACUGGGAUGGUGUCUCUGUUGGCUCCAGGCAAUCUGUGACCUUGGUCAGAUUCCAUGGCCUCAGCUGUCUCACCUGUGAAACAAAGGGUGAGUGGAGAACAUGCAUCCAGGGUAGGAUCAGAGGCAAGGAGGUAUCAGUAUCCAGCUCAUACGAAAGAAUCAAAUUUAUGAAAGCAAAAUUAGCUGGUGAUCAAAAAGUAGAGGAGAAAUGUGGCUGAUAGAGAAUGCAAAUUCAUCUUAAUCCAUUUGAAAUCUAGUAGAAAAUUAGUAGAGACAGUUUCUUCUAGAAAGAAAAAAUGAAGCCUAUCAUUCUGUCUCUGAAUUUCCUCCACUGUAGUCUCCUUCCAUCUUCUCUAUCAUCACCUUUUUUUUUUUCCUACUUUCUGUUUCCGGUAACCAUGGUGAUGCUCCCUCCCAGCAACCUUCUUCACAGCAGGCCCUUUUGGUACACAUGGAACUUUGCUCCAUUCACUGAUGCACAGAGCUAACAAUGCUGUAAAAAUUAACUUAUUUAUGUUAAUAUUUUUCCUGUCCCUUUUGUCCAGGAAAUAAAUACAGGGAAUUAUGCUACACUUAACCUCCCUACAUACGGGGCACUGUAAAACAGUGAUAUUCAAUUGUUAAUUUCAGUUGCUAACAUAAAGGGGAUACUGAUUAUGCCAGAGAUUCAAUUUCCUGCUUUGGUCCUCAGGGGCUGUAAAAUCCCAAUACUCAAGCCGGUUGCCACCUCCUUUGGCUUUGGCAUGUAAAUGGAAUAAAAUUGUCCCCAGAAGUCACAUCUAUAACCUGGUUUCCUAAUCCUCUUUGUUUUUCUGCUGCAUUCUCCCUUGUAAGGAAACCAUCGCCAAGUGUAUAAUUAUCACAAGUUGCAAGGGGAUGGAAUGUUCCAUAAGAAAAUAUAUGUAAAUACAUGCAUUUCUCUAAUGAACGCAGUUAUUUUGGAAUAUAAAUAAGCAAUAUGUGAUACUCAGUUUUUAAAAUAUCAUUAGUAACUGCCAAUGACAAAAGAAACCCUGAUGUCAUAAAUGCAGAUAAUAAAAAUUUCCAUAAACUAUCAUUCAGUCAUGUCCAGUUUGUGUAGCUCAACUUAUUUGUAAUCAUAUAUGGAGGAAAAGGGUUUCUCUAUUUAAGCAAGGGGUGUGUGUGUGUGUGUGUGUGUGUGUGUGUGUGCCUGUGUGUGUCUGGCUUUAACACAAAGGAGAACAGAUGAUGACAUUCAUAGGCUUAUAGACUCGACUCCUGGGGACACACUUGGAUGGAAGCAAUUAAGAUGCCUGUCAGGCAUUUGAUACCAGAAGCCCCUAUGCAAACUGCUAAAUCAUACGCCAGGGCUACAUCUUAUUGUCAGUGAAUGAUGGCGGAACUGGGUGGCUUGUCAUCAUUCUCGAAAAUUCUGAGGCUAGUGAGAUCUUUCUCCCUCUCCCACUCGCCUUAUUUUCCUUUUCGCCACUGCGGGGACUUUUUCUAAUUUGCAGCUUCCCUUUCCCCGACACACACAGACAGGAGCUGGUGGCUUGCAGACUGCGUCUGUCUGGAACUAGAGAGGCAGAGCCAGCCCGCGGAGAUAAUGCUUGGGGAGAAGGAUUCUGCAGCAGUUCUCAAAGGCUAGACUUGGGUGGUAUCGCUGCAUAUGUGCUGAUUCUUCAGCUUGUUGUCUCUAACCAAGGAAACAUUGAUUGGAAACUACUCAUUCAGAAAAUUAAAAGAAAGAAGUCAGCACAUAUUAUCCACCUUUUGAGAACACAAUAUAACGAACUUUACCAUUUUACCACUUUGAAUAGGUGACGUCACAGGGCAUUGAAGAAUGGCAGAUGAUCGGAAGGAUGAAGCAAAGGCACCUCACUGGACCUCAGCUCAACUAACAGAGGCAUCCGCCCACCCACACCCACCUGAGAUCAAGGAUCAAGGUGGGGCAGGGGAAGGACUUGUCAGAAGCGCCAAUGGAUUCCCGUACAGGGAGGAUGAAGAGGGCGCCUUUGGAGAACAUGGGUCACAGGGCACCUAUUCAGAUACCAAAGAGAAUGGGAUCAACGGAGAACUGACUUCAGCUGACAGAGAAACACCAGAGGAGGUGUCUGCAAGGAUAGUUCAAGUAGUCACCGCGGAGGCUGUAGCAGUCCUGAAAGGUGAACAGGAGAAAGAAGCUCAGCAUAAAGACCAACCUGCAGCUCUGCCUUUAGCAGCUGAAGAGACAGCUAACCUGCCUCCUUCUCCACCCCCAUCACCAGCCUCGGAACAGACGGUCCCAGUGGAGGAAGAAGAAGAAACGCUAGAGAGUCCAAUGGCUGAGGAAGAGAAACCUGCCACUCUUCCUGAGAAAGAGUGUGGGGCUGCCAAGGCCUCAGACCAACCCAAGGGCCUCAGUGAGGGCCAAGUGGAGUCUAGUUCGGAGGCCCAAGUAGUUGCUGAAGAGAAUGCCCCCGCCGGGGCCGCACAGGAGAAAAGUGUAAAAGAGGUCACCGAGGUGUCUCCAGAAGUAAAAACCCCUUCCUCUGCCGGGGAAGGUGUACUUACAGCCUCGAAGAUGGAGUUCCAUGAUCAACAGGAAUUGACUCCCUCUCCAACCGAGCCAUUAGACAAGAAGGAAAAGGAAUCUGAGAAAGAAAGUAAGCCUGGUGAAGACCUUAAACAUGCUGCCUUAGUUUCUCAGCCUGAGACAACUAAAAUUUCCCCUGAUAAAAAAGACAUGCAAGGCGCAGAAGAAGAAAAAGAACCUCCUGCUCUCUUUGGCCAUACUCUUGGUGCCAGCCUAGAAGACAUGAAACAGAAGACAGAACCAAGCCUGAUGGUACCUGAUAUUGGCCUUCCUGCAGAGCCCCCAGCUACAAAAGAGCAAAAGGACUGGUUCAUCCAAAUGCCAAUGGAAACAAAAAAGGACGAGUGGGGUUUAGUUGCUCCAAUAUCUCCUGGCCCUCUAACACCCAUGAAGGAAAAAGAUGUACUUGAGGAUAUCCCAAAAUGGGAAGGGAAACAAUUUGAUUCUCCUAUGCCAAGUCCCUUUCAGGGUGGAAGCUUUACUCUUCCUCUAGAUGUCAUGAAGAAUGAAAUUGUUGCAGAAGCAUCACCCUUUGCCCCUGCCCUAUUACAGCCAGACGACAAAAAAUCUCUGGAAGAAACUGGUAGCCCAGCGACUGCCAAAGAUAGUUCUAAAGUUGAAGAGCCCCAUAAGGAUCAACCUGACAAAAUGGCAGAAGCACCAGCUUCAGAGACAAUUACCUCACCCAAAGAUUCUCACCUUUCAAUUGUGGAAAAGCACAUCCCAGAGAAAGUUUUAGGAGAAGAGAAAGGGGCAACGCAGCAAGAGAGUGUGCAGAUAACAGAGACUCCCAUCCUCAGUGGACAAGAAUCUAUACUUACUGAAAAGGAACCUCACCUAAAACUUGAAGAAAAAACAACCAUUUCUGAAAAAGAAGCUAUGCCAAAAGAGAGUGAACCCCUGAAAUUGACAGAUGAAGAAACUGGUGUAAUUCAGCCUUCCACAGAGCACACUUACUCAAAAGAAGAACAGAAAGGCCAGGAGCCUCCCACAGAUAUAUUAAAACAGGACUCAUUCCCCAUAAGUUUGGAGCAAGCAGUUACCGAUUUAGCCAUGACCUCUAAGACACUGGAAAAAGUCAUGAUCGAGCCAGCUGCACCAAGCGAAAAGAGUGCCACCCAGGAGCUUUUUGAAGAAAAAGUUGCUGACAAAGAUAAUAAGGUUGAAGAAGUUGGAGCUAUACCCUCAGCUGAGCUUGACAUGCCAUUUUAUGAAGAUAAGUCAGGAAUGUCCAAGUACUUUGAAACAUCUGCCUUGAAAGAAGAAGUGACAAAAAGUACUCAGCCAGGCAGUGAUUACUAUGAGCUAAGUGACACAAGAGAAAGUGCCCAAGAGUCUUUUGAAACCGUAUCUCCCAUGUAUAAAAAUGGCGACAAGGGACUUCCAGCAGAGAAAGAAUCCCAACCCAGUGCUCCAGCACAGGAAGCAGGGUAUAGCACUCUCGCACAGAGUUAUCCAUCUGAUUUACCUGAAGAACCCAGUUCUCCUCAAGAAAGAAUGUUCACUAUUGAUCCAAAAGUGUAUGGGGAAAAAAGGGAUCUCCACAGUAAGAAUAAGGAUGAUUUGACACUAAGCAGGAGUUUAGGACUUGGUGGUAGGUCUGCAAUUGAACAAAGAAGCAUGUCCAUCAAUUUGCCCAUGUCUUGCCUGGAUUCUAUAGCCCUCGGAUUUAACUUUGGCCGGGGCCAUGAUCUUUCUCCUCUGGCCUCUGAUAUUCUAACCAACACUAGUGGAAGUAUGGACGAAGGAGAUGAUUACCUUCCAGCCACAACACCUGCAGUGGACAAGGCCCCUUGCUUCCCAACAGAAGGCAAAGAAGAAAAAGAACAGAUAGAAGGAGAAAAAGCUACUGGAGAGGAAAGUACUCAAGUAGAGACAACAUGUGAGUCACCUUUCCUAGCCAAAGAUUAUUACAAAAAUGGUACUGUCAUGGCUCCUGACCUGCCUGAAAUGCUAGAUCUAGCGGGCACCAGGUCGAGAUUAGCUUCCGUGAGUGCGGAUGCCGAGGUUGCCAGGAGAAAAUCCGUCCCAUCAGAGACUGUGGUGGAGGAGAGUAGCACUGGCUUGCCCCCUGUCACUGAUGAAAACCAUGUCAUUGUUAAAACUGACAGUCAGCUCGAAGAUCUGGGCUACUGUGUUUUCAAUAAGUACACAGUCCCACUCCCAUCACCUGUUCAAGACACCGAGAACUUAUCUGGGGAGAGUGGUUCCUUUUAUGAAGGCACUGAUGAUAAAGUGAGAAGAGAUUUGGCCACAGAUCUUUCUUUGAUUGAAGUCAAACUGGCUGCUGCCGGAAGAGUCAAAGAUGAGUUCAGUGCCGAGAAAGAAGCAGCCCCACAUAUCUCUAGUGACAAAUCAGGACUGAGUAAGGAGUUUGAUCAGGAGAGGAAAGCUAACGAUAAGCUGGAUACAGUACUAGAGAAAAGUGAAGAGCAAGCUGAUUCAAAAGAACAUGCCAAGGAAACAGAAGAGGCUGAGGAUAAAGUGGAACCUUUGGGAUUAGCAGUAACCCACGAGCAAGCUUCAGCCAAAGAACCAACAGUAUCAGAAGAUGCCUCACCUCUCCUGGCUGAGAAAGAAGAGAAAGGUCUUAGUUCAGUGCCAGAGGUUGCUGAGGUAGAACCCUCCAAAAAAGCCGAACCAGAACUGGAAUUUGCUGCAAAGAAAGCUGACCAGGGUCCAUUAGAUGUUAAAAUCAGUGACUUUGGACAGAUGGCCUCAGGGCUAAAUGUAGAGGCUGGAAAGGCAGCAGAGCUUAAACUUGAAGCUACCCAGGACCUCAUCACCUCCACAGCACCUCAGGAGGCAGAUGCCUUUAUGGGUGUUGAGUCUGGCCACGUGAAAGAAGGAACCAAAGUUAGUGAAACAGAGGUCAAGGAAAAGGUAGCCAAGCCUGACUUGGUGCACCAGGAGGCUGUAGACAAAGAAGAAUCUUAUGAGUCCAGCGGUGAGCAUGAAAGCCUCACCAUGGAAUCCUUGAAAGCUGAUGAGGGCAAGAAGGAAACUUCCCCAGAAUCUUCUCUAAUUCAAGAUGAGAUUGCUGUCAAAUUGUCUGUGGAAGUCCCCUGUGCACCUGCUGUUUCAGAGGCUGAUUUAGCUGCAGAUGAGAGAGCUGAUGUCCAGAUGGAAUUUAUUCAGCUACCAAAAGAAGAAAGCAAAGAGACCCCAGAUAUAUCUAUCACGCCCUCCGAUGUUACAGAGCCAUUGCCUGAAGCCACUGGAGCUGAACCAGCAGAGGCUCAAAGCGAGGAAGAAGAGAUAGAAGCCCGGGGAGAAUAUGAUAAACUGCUCUUCCGCUCAGACACCCUUCAGAUUACCGACCUAGGGGUCCCAGGUGUCAGGGAGGAAUUUGUGGAGACCUGCCCAGGUGAACACAAAGGAGUAAUUGAGUCCGUUGUAACCAUCGAGGACGAUUUCAUCACUGUCGUGCAAACCACAACUGACGAAGGGGAGUCGGGGUCCCACAGCGUGCGUUUUGCAGCCCUGGAGCAGCCUGAGGUAGAAAGGAGACCGUCCCCUCGUGCCGAAGAAGAGCUUGAAGUAGAAGAGGCAGCUGAAGCCCAGGCUGAACCCAAGGAUGGCUCCCCCGAGGCUCCAGCUUCCCCUGAGAGAGAAGAAGUUGCACUCUCAGAGUAUAAAACAGAAACCUAUGACGAUUACAAAGACGAGACCACCAUUGAUGACUCCAUCAUGGAUGCUGACAGCCUCUGGGUGGACACUCAAGAUGAUGAUAGGAGCAUCAUGACAGAACAGUUAGAAACUAUUCCUAAAGAGGAGAAAGCUGACAAGGAAGCUCGGAGACCAUCUCUUGAGAAACAUAGAAAAGAAAAGCCUUUUAAAACCGGGAGAGGCAGAAUUUCCACUCCUGAAAGAAAAAUAGCUAAAAAGGAACCUAGCACAGUCUCCAGAGAUGAAGUGAGAAGGAAAAAAGCAGUUUAUAAGAAGGCUGAACUUGCUAAAAAAACAGAAGUUCAGGCCCACUCUCCCUCCAGGAAAUUCAUUUUAAAACCUGCUAUCAAAUAUACUAGACCAACUCAUCUCUCCUGUGUUAAGCGGAAAACGACAGCAGCAGCUGGUGAAUCAGCUCAGGCUCCCAGCGUAUUUAAACAGGCAAAGGACAAAGUCUCUACUUCUACCUUGUCAAAGAUUCCUGCCUUACAGGGUAGCACAAAGUCCCCAAGAAGCAGCUCAGCCUGCCCUAAUACGACUAAAAGGGCCACAUUUUCUGACAGUUUAUUAACACAGCCCACCUCGGCGGGCUCCACAGGCCGUUUGCCCUACUCAGAAUCAGGGAACAAGGAUGGAGUAACCAAGAGCCCAGAAAAGCGCUCUUCUCUGCCGAGACCGUCCUCCAUUCUCCCUCCUCGCCGAGGUGUGUCAGGAGACAGAGAUGAGAAUUCCUUCUCUCUCAACAGUUCUAUCUCCUCUUCAGCACGGCGGACCACGAGGUCAGAGCCAAUUCGCAGAGCAGGAAAAAGUGGCACUUCAACACCCACUACUCCUGGCUCCACCGCCAUUACUCCUGGCACCCCACCAAGCUAUUCUUCACGCACACCAGGCACUCCUGGAACCCCUAGCUACCCCAGGACCCCACAUACACCAGGAACCCCCAAGUCUGCCAUCUUGGUGCCCAGUGAGAAGAAAGUGGCCAUUAUUCGUACACCUCCAAAAUCUCCUGCUACUCCCAAGCAGCUUCGGCUUAUUAACCAACCACUGCCAGACCUGAAGAAUGUCAAAUCCAAAAUCGGAUCAACAGACAACAUCAAAUAUCAGCCUAAAGGGGGACAGGUUAGGAUUUUAAACAAGAAGAUCGAUUUUAGCAAGGUUCAGUCCAGAUGUGGUUCCAAGGAUAACAUCAAACAUUCUGCUGGGGGCGGAAAUGUACAGAUCGUUACCAAGAAGAUAGACCUAAGCCACGUGACAUCCAAAUGCGGCUCUCUGAAGAACAUCCGCCACAGGCCAGGUGGUGGGCGAGUGAAAAUUGAGAGUGUGAAACUGGAUUUCAAAGAAAAGGCCCAAGCUAAAGUCGGUUCGCUUGACAACGCUCACCACGUCCCUGGAGGUGGUAACGUCAAGAUCGACAGCCAGAAGUUGAACUUCAGAGAGCAUGCGAAGGCCCGUGUGGACCAUGGGGCUGAGAUCAUUACACAGUCCCCGGGCAGGUCCAGCGUGGCAUCGCCACGACGACUCAGCAAUGUCUCCUCUUCCGGAAGCAUCAACCUGCUUGAGUCCCCUCAGCUCGCCACUUUGGCUGAGGAUGUCACUGCCGCACUCGCUAAGCAGGGCUUGUGAAUAUCUCCCAUUUAGCCUUGAAGUAAUACUAUUUAGGCAUGAGCUCUUGGCAGGAGUGGGCUCUGAGCAGGUGUUAUAUUCAUUCUUUACAAACCAUAAAAAAAAUAAUCUCAUUCCCAAACUGUAGUAAUUGUUACAAUUUUAUAAAGAAAAAAGAAUAGUAUAUGCAGAAAUUGACUUGAUUUCCAUUUGCAACAGGAAGACACUGGCUUUACAUGAGUACAAUUGGACAAUUAUUUUUGCUCUGCUCUGUUUUGCAUGGAGUAUUAUGAUUUUGAAAAUUGCAUUUCUACCUUUCAUGUGCCUGAAGGCUAUCCACUACAUUCUGAAAGGCCUUGUUAAAAUCCAAGCUGCUCAUUUCACUAUUCUGUUGCUGGGUGAAAAGAUAAAAAGCUGCCCAUUGUAACUUAUUACAUGUUAAAUUAAAUCAAGGAGUCUGAUUGCAGGAAGGGAAGAGCAUGUAAGAAAUGUUUUUUUAAAGCGUUAUUUUGUAUAAAUGGGAAGAAAGAUUCAGUUAAGUUAUUAACAUUUGGGACCUGGAUAAUUAUAUCAGAGUAUAAGUCAAUCCAAUAAAUUAUUUAACUAAUUAAAAAAUAGUUGCGAAGCAUUUGAGCUGUGGUUGAGGAAGUGGUGUAAAGUGCAUCUCUUAGGAAUGAAGCACUUUCAUUAGGAUGGAAUCGUGUCUGAUUAGAAUGUCAGUUGAUCCACUAGAUUUGUGUCCACACUACCAGUUUCACGCCCCCUUUCCAUCUGUUUGAUACAGUAUUAUAGAUAUAAAUAUAUAUAUAUUUCUCUGUGGCCAUUUGUGAUACUUCCUCAUAUACUUGAAUAUAAUACUUCCUUAUUCACAGUAUCUGUGUCUCCUGCACCCUUUGGUGUUGCAAUUUUAGGUAUGUGAAAGUAGAUGUUAGCAGGGUUCCUUCCCUAUUAAAAAAAAAGUUAAAAAAGACAAAAAGUUUUAGCAUGAAGUUGCUUUCCUUAACAACUCAAAGCUGUAACCCUGUUUUAGUGCCAGAUACAAGUCUCUCCCGUGAUGCUAGAAAAAAUUAUUUUUCUUUGCUUUCACCAACAUGGAGUUUGUGGGGGUAGAUCCAGUUAUACAUAAAAGGAUUUACAGAUUAUUGGUUCAGGAUUAUGAAUUUAUCUUAUUUUGAAUCACAGAAUAGUUUGGGUUUUAUUCCUGUAACCAUUCAUGAACCAGACUUCUUAGGAUUUCUUUUUCUCUUUUUUUUUUCCAUUUGCUAAAGUUGAAACUAGCAGUGAGAAUUUGGGACACGUUAUCCCGUUCUUCCAAAUAGUACCUGUUUAUUAAAUUAUCUGAUAGAAAAUGUUUGGCUUCCUUACCCCAAGAUAAGAUCCCUUAAUCAGAAGAGGAAAAUCUGGUAUUUUGAGAAGCUAUAGCUAUAAAACAUUGGAGAUACAGAUAUCUAAAUCAGUUUUUUUCAGGACCCCAAUAUUUCACUCUCUAAAGCUACUCUGUAUUAGUUACUAUUAUUGAUCAGUAGGUAAUACUGUUCUGACUUUAUAUACAGUCUAGAUAUCACAAAUCAAUUAAUUCUUCCCACGAAUCAUUCGUCUUAGAUUUAUGAAUAAGCAAUGAAGUCGUCAAUAGCCUGAAUAAGGCAAUGAGUUACCAGGCUGGAUGGAUGCUUUUUAGUAUCUUAUCUGUUCUUUUUCUUGCUCAGGGCUGGUAGGCUGGAUCUAAACAGUUAAAAGCAAAUGGUCCAGUAGGCGUUUGAUCCCUUUGAGUGAAGUCAGUUCUCAAAUGUAAAGGAGGAAAUGAUGAACAUGGACUGAGGCAACAAGCUAGUAUAGUAGCAUCUAAGAAAGAAGCCAAGCGAUGCAAAGAGAGGAGAGACGUGGGUGCCAUUUUGGAUUCCAGUGGAUACUGCAACCAAUGUGUGACAUCCAUGAAAGAAACUAGGAGCAAAAAUGCAACAUUCAUUCUCUCAACGAAGAAGUUUUACUUAGGCAAGCAUUUCUGAAACUAUUUCUAGAUCAGUUGUUUUAUAGGACUUUCAAAACCUUAGAAAUAACUGAUGAGGACUAUGGAUAUGUCUGUUUUCUGCCUAAUAAUUGUUGUGAGAUUUGAUUUGAUCAAUCUGGGCAUUUUAUUCAUCAGCUUCCCCUGAAAUGCACCAGAAAAUAGGAGAAGAAAGAAUAGCUGUGUGGAGACUUAGGGUAUUUUCUUAUGUGCUUGAUAGUGUUAGGUAGUGAUUAAAACUCUAGAAAGAAGUUAACAGCUGGUUAGAAAAGUUUUAACCUGUGAAACAAGCAUUUUUUUUUAAUCUAGUUUAAAAUUUUUAUAAAUGCUAAGAAUAAGAAAAUGCGGCCUACAUAUUAAAAUUGUUUCUUACAAAUACAUGUCUAAAAUAAAGAUUAUAUAAAGCACCAAGUUAUUAGAUUUGGCAUCGAAACAAAUGUUUUCUUCAAUUCACAACAAAACUAUAAGAAAUAAAUGCCCUUGCUUGGUAUGGAAAUGCAAUUCUUUAAGGAAAGUUAGCAAAAUGAAACCAUACUUUGUACCAGUAAAAGAGAGCAACACAGGCUAAAUGUCUUCUUCUGGGGCUAAGGGGUAGAACCCAUCUUGCUUUUACUCUCAAGACUAACUACACAAAUUAAGCUUCUUGAACACCACUUUUGUGGGGGCAUCCAUACGCUGAUCUAGAAAUUAAAGCUUCAUAGUUCCAAUUCUAGAUCUCUUAAUGCCAGUUUCUCUCUGGCUUUAGCCUUUGAGAACCUGUUUAAGGAUACACAAGCAAUCCAGAGCUGUGAAGAGUUCAAAGGCCAACUCACUCUCUCUGGGUCACCUGCAACCAAUAAUUGGAUACCUUACAAUGAUGCAGGACAGAUCCGAGUCCAUGAUGAGUUUUCAAAGGCCGUGUUCAUUUAGGAACCAACUCUCUCUGGAUUCUCCUGCUGAGUUCCAGCAGGGUGAUGGGCCGAAAUCCUACCCACACGAAAGACACCUGUGUAACACCAACUAGGUAUAGCUGAAGAAGGCUGAAGGGAGAACUUGGUUAAAUGGAAGAAUGUACUGAUGGUAGCUGGUCUUCUCCACACACUCAUAUAGUUAUACAGCAGAAAAUGGGAUCAUCAGCCAAAAUACAACAUCAUGUCAAUAUUAUUAAAGAAAUAAUCUCUCUAUGGUUGAUUCUGCCAUAGCUGCAAUCACAGUAUUUUCUCCUAUUUUUCACACUACACAAAGGAGGAAGAAAAACUAUUCAUGGUCUAAGUAGCCAGAAAAGAUAGAUUCAUGGCUUGGAAAGGCAAAUUCUAGGCAUUCCUUCAAGGACUGAUGCAUUAAAAUCAGCAUUGAUUUUUUUUUUUUUUUUACACCUAGGAUUUUUUAGCCUGGGAAGGUAGGUUGAAGCCAAGUCCCUCUGCAGGAAAAAGCUUAUUUUUAAACUCAGAAAAUGGCAAUCAUGAAAAUCUACUUCAACUUUAGCAAAAAGAAAAAAAAUCAACAAAAAAUAUACUCUGUAUGCUGGGAUUCCAAGGUUCCAACAUGCCGCUACAAAUCUGUGGGGGGGUUCUUUCUUCUGAUAAUUCUAGAGCCUGUUACCAUAGAAAGGCAUUUCUUCAAUGGCUGGUUGUAGUUAGUUCAUGUUUUUCAAUCAAAAUUUGCAAAUGUAUUUGUUGCUGUAUAGUGAUUGUUUUGCAAAAUAAAAUUGCUUGUCACCUAA